AUGCAGAUGCGUGUGAAGGAGCCCGAGAUCGGUACCUACUUCAACCAGCUGGGCGUGGACCCCGACCAGCUCAGCAAGUUCUUCCGCCUCCUGGACAGCGACAAGUGUGGGACCACCAAUUCCGAGGAGUUCGUUUUCGGCUGUCUUACGCUUCAUAGCGAGGCCAAGAGGACUGACGUUGCAGUGCUGAAGGAGUUCAUGUGGAUGCACGAGGCUCCGGAGAUCUUAAUCAAGCAGCUGAGGCACAGCACGUUCAGCAGUUGUUUCCCGAGCUGCCUCACUCCACCCGCCCGCAUAGAGGUUGAGGGCGGGGGCCGACCCCAAUCUGCCUGGCGCGCCUGA